CUCCCACUCGCAGUGCUUGUUCUAACUCAGCCUGAGCACGAGGAUGUUUUGUGUAUUUUAUAGGAAGUGAUCAGCCAGUUUCAUCAGGCCGGACGUCAUUUACUGGUCGUUUACUUACAGCUGUUCUGACUUUUGUUCGUAAAAGAUAUUUUCGUUGGCGGACAGAAAAAUAGUUUCUGAAUUCAGAGUGUGAUUGAAAUGCAAAUUAAGGGAGCUGUGUUUUGGGCAUUUGCGGUAUUGGCCGUAACUCUGGGGCAAGAUGUUUCCGGUGGUUCUAUUCCUCAACCAACCAACCCGUCACUGUCAUGUCGGAAUUUUGAGACUUUUCUUUAUUGGAACUACAGCGACACCUCUCUAAAACCAACAUUCACUGUGGAGGUGGUACGGUAUACCUCAGAGUUUAAUAAUUCUGUUGAGAACAUCUCACAUCAUUAUUGCAAUGUCUCCUCCUUCGCCAAUGAUAUUGAAGAACAUUAUUAUUUCACCAUAAAAGCUUUUGCCGGAGUGGAACACAGCACCCUUUCUCUCCAAAGGUUUUCUUUAAAGAAUAUCUGCAUGUUAGAUUUUCCCAAUGUAAAUCUGACAACUAAAGGAAGAACACUCAAGAUACUAUUUGAACAUCCUUUUUAUGUGUACAAAAAUAAGAACCCAUCCCUGAAACGAAAAUUCAGCAUUGACUAUGAGUAUACGGUUGAAUACAGGAAGAAAGAUGAGCCAGAUCAGGCAUCCUCAAAACGUUUUACCUGCAAGAAGAGAGAAUGUGAAAGCGAUUUUGUGUUGCCAAAAGAGGAAGAUUAUUGCCUGUCAUUUAGUGGCAGUAUGUCUGGAAUACAAGUAAUCAGCACAGAUGAAAGCUGCACAGGAAACAAUCCCAAACAAAAACCUCUAGAUAAAUACAUAAUUAUCAUCCUUACAGUUACGGUCUGUGUGAUUGCUAUUACUUCCAUUGUCAUUGGGCUUGUCUGUAGCAUAAUGCGGAAGAAGAACAUCCCUUUGCCAAGCUCUUUGGCCUCAAUGCUAACAGGAAUAAAACCCUACAUGAACGUAAAAAAAGAGGACAGCACCUUUUCUGUUGCAAAACAUGUCGAAACACCAGAUCAGGUGGUGGAAGAGGAGAACAGGGUGACGGAACAAAUAAAAAAUCAUGAUCCUGAGCAUGAAACGCCCCGCUUGAAAAUAGGCUUAAAUAAUAUUGUCAGAGAUGACAGCAUCAUCCAACCAGAAGUCAGUGACCUUGUCUUGGUAGUCAGCCUCAGUGACCAGACUGAUGUGAAGGAAAAUACAGAGCUUUUAACCAACGAAAUGGACAACAAAUCGGACAACAGCUUCUCAACUGUUUGCAUUAAUGGGUAUGACAGGCCUCAUGUUUUAGUGGAGAUGAACACCGAUGAUACGGUUGAGGGGUAUAGGCCUACACAACUGGACUGAGACCAUAAAAGUGAUUGGAUUAGAUUUAUCUGAAUGUUUGUGUAUGUGUUGGCCAAAGAGUAAAAGCACUAGUCGGUAGGAUCACCAAAAACAUUCUUUAGAUGAGCCAGUUAAUACAUAUGUAAAACUUUUAAGCAAUUAAACCCAUUUCUAAACCCAUUGAACUUUAUUAGUACACACACAUACCUACCACAAUGAGUAGCUCCUGGUGCAUUGUUUUUUGUAUUCAUUUUGCAUGGUAGGGUUAAUGGAUAAGGGUUAGGUCGGGUUCCUUUGUUAAACUGACUAAGUGCAGAAUGUUUGUACAUGUCAUGUAGUGGGUGGCCUAACCAUGACUAAAUAUGUUUUACUUUCCUUUCUUUAAUAAAUCGGGCAUGGAAAGGUUUGAAUAAGAACUGCUCACAGUUUAGUCCUACAACCACAAAUUAGCAAUAAUUAAAAAUCAGCCUUUAAUACAGUUUUCUAUCACACAAUUGAUUCAGUUUAGGGCUUCUGGCACUUAUUUUAUAGCCUUUUUUUUGUACAAUUCACAAGUAUAGUAUAAGUAAACUAUACCUGUAUGUACUGUAGGUUUUAAUUACAUUUAAUGAAAUGUUUUGUAAAAAUGUUACCAUUGUGAUUCAUUUUGUAGAUACAGUAGUAGGGGAUCCCACAGAGCCAGAAAAUUGUAAUCCAAUUUUCUAAAAGUUAGGAACAAAAUAUUAUAUAGCACAUAACAUUUUCUGCUAUUGCUGCACACUGGUGUAAAACACACUCCAAUGCAUUCCAUACACUUUUUGUCAUUCAUAUAAUGAGUUAAUGUAUUACAUACUCCUGUGGAUAACACACACUGUUUUGGAGACCCCAGUAUCAGUUCUUAACACAACAUUCCUCUGAAUACUUCACAUAACAACAAACAGUACUAACUGCCUCAGUGCAAGAAACAGUGUACAGCACAGAUCAAGUUCAAAAGUAUGCAACACCCUUGCAGAUGUAUUCAGUUAAAUAUAUUUGAAAAAUAUUUAGCUUAAAAUAUUAUCUUCUUUUUAAAUGACUUUACAGACUAGAUUUAAAUGUAAUGCAACGCUUCCCUCCCUUUGUCAUCCCUCUCCCUGCACGGCUUAACAUCAGUAAGACUUCUGGUUGAUUUUUGAUUUUUUUUUAAUGUUGUAUUAAGUGUUUCAUGAAAAAUACAAAUGUGGUUAAAUGGAGUUGUAUAGUGUUCAUUUUGUGUUAUCACAUUUGAAACUCAGUAAAAUACCAUGAAUUUACUGUAUUUGGAAAGGGCUAAUUCAUUUCUGGUACUAUGUUGAUAUGUUGCAGAAUUCAUAACAAAAGCUUGUGAAAAAUAAGCCAUGAGUUAAAAGAUCGUUUUCAAAGACCUUUUGCUGGUAAAAUACUGAAAUAAUGCAUUAAAAAAUGAAUCAGAUCCUUGCGUUUUAAAGAUCGGGGUCAUCUGCUUGUAAACAUCUGCAAUGUGCUUUUUUAUUAUGUAUAACAUUUUAUACAAAUCUUACAUUGUUUUGUUACAUUAUGCAUUUUAUUUACAGACAACUUACCACUAUUUACUUAGUGCAACUUGUAUACUGUGAAAUGUUUUAGUUAAUGCAUUUUAAUUUAGCCUAUCUUGUUUUAUGUAAAAUAAAUCCAUACUUUAA